AUGUGCCAGCACGGACUCGAUUCUGCCUGCGACGCCAUCUGCACGACCACGACCUGCUUGAUGUGUUUCCAAGCUUGUGCAUCUGAGAGCAGUCAUCUGGCCUGCUCCAAUGUGCCUGCUCAUGUGCUGGCAGCUGUACUACAUGCCCCUGUCGAUGCUCAUGCGCCUCCUCGCAUUGCAGGGCAUCUGCUAGCAAGCGACCCACCUCUCGCUGAGCAUCCUCGAUGGGCUGAAGAGGCCGGUGGUGACGUGGGCGGUGGUGGUGACGAUGACAUGCAUAAGCCGGAGCGUGCAGAUAUGGGUGACGAGUAA